AUGCAGGACCGAGAGUUCUCAGGUUUAACCGCGCUGUCCGAGGUGACCGACGGCCAGGACACCACAGAAAUAUCCACUUGCUCCGAAGGCUUCCAGAAGCCUCUUGUGCCCAGGAUUCUCGACGUGCACAACGAGCUCGGGGACUCCGAGGAUCCCGAGGAUACCGAGAACCCCGAGAAGGCCGACCGCGAGCGAGACAAGCGAGACGCAAGUGAGCAGUGUGACGAGUCGGCGCUUCGCGAACGCCACGAGCACCGCGAACCCCACGAGCCCCGCGAGUCCCGUGCACCGCGCAAGCUCCGCGGGCCUCAUGAGCCCCACAAGCUCCGCAGGCCCCAGGGGCCCCACCGGCCCCGCCAACCCCACGAGGCCGCCUGGGCCGAGGUGCUCCCCCGCGCCGCCCUGAUGAUCUCGCCAUCCCUGAUCACCGCAUUCCCGCCACGGCUUCAGCAGUCUUCCCUGAACGCAAAUCCUGUUUCCUGUGACUUUGUAAGGAAAUGUCUUUUUUCCAGGAAGAGAAUCCAAGAUCUUUCUAUGCCUAAAAAACAAUGGGGAACUCCAGAUAGAAAACUGUUUUGGGGAAAUCAAGACCCUAUUCGCCCUGUUUCCCAGAGUGCUUUGAUGGCUCAGCUGACCGAAGGACUUGUAAAUCUUGCCCAGCCCAAGAAAGUCUCACCCCAUUAUGUACCUAACAGGCCUCAAUAUUACUAUAGCUGUGGAAGACAGUCUGUAAUUUGGAAGACCCCUCCGCCUGCAUUGUUUAGCCAACCCUCCAAAAGGAUCCAGAGGCUGUCACAGCCCAACAGGUUCAAAAGACAGUAUCCACUAAAUAGGCCCUUCAGUGAUAACUUCGUAAGACAUUCUCUCCAAUUCUCUGAUCCUUCUCCCCGGAUUUUACGACUCUCAGUAGCCAAAGGCACAGAUCCAAACUAUGUUCCUCCAAAAAACAUUGAAACCAAGAUUUCAAUUUAUACCCUGAGUGCUGUUGCAACUCCAAGAAUAGUAGACCUUGCCCACCCAAGGAUCAAGUUAGGGGGUCUGUGCUAUGAAAGAGAAAGAAGUGAAAUGCCCAUUCGUCCUAUAGCCCCUGCUGCCAUGCUAGCUGAACCUAGUGCCCGAACAGUAGCUCUAGCUAAGGCCAAGCCUCUUCAUGAAGAUUAUCUCCCUGCCCGUGAUGCCCACUGGCCAGUAUCUCAUGCUGCUAUCCAUUCCAAAGUAUCACCGAGAAUUCAGGAACUAGCAAAUCCAAAUAAAAGGUCUCCUGUGCAUAUUGUAUAUUACGAUCCAGAAGUCUUUAAAGUCAAGCCGGCUGCUUUGAAAGCACAGUGUUCUCCGAGGGUGCAGCAGUUGGCAGAACCUCUUACACGUUAA